UCACUCUCCAUUACCUCAAAACACUCAACAAUGGCUCGAAUUUUUUCCUACAAACAUCUCUCUAUUUUACCUCAAACAAAAAGGUUAACAACCCAUUUUCUUCAUUCUUCACAAUCCUUUAAUUCCACAAACAAAGAAGUAGAAACCAUUUACCACAUCAUAACAGUAACACAAACACCAGAAGGACUAAAACAAUCUUUAAAAUCAUCAAAAAUACAACUAUCAAAUGACUUAAUUGACAAAGUUCUCAAAAGGGUACGUUUUUCUCAUUCAAAUCCAUUACAAGCUUAUGAAUUCUUUAAAUUUGCAACUAAGAUUAAAGGGUUUUAUCAUACUAGUUUUUCUUUAGAUACCCUUUUGUAUGUACUUGGUAGAAGUCGUAAAUUCGAUAAAAUUUGGGAUGUUUUAGUUGAAAUAAAGAGAAAAGAUCAAUCUUUAAUAACACCAAGAACAGUUCAAGUUGUUUUAGGUAGAGUUGCUAAGGUUUGUUCUGUUAGACAAACUGUUGAAUCUUUUUGGGGUUUCAAGAAGCUGUCGAACGGAUUUGGUGUAGAUUGUUUUAAUGCAUUGUUGAGAGCUUUGUGUCAAGAGAAGAGUAUGAGUGAUGCUAGGAAUGUGUAUCAUAGUUUGAAGUAUAAGUUUAGGCCAAAUUUGCAAACUUUUAACAUACUUUUGUCCGGUUGGAAGUCAUCCGAGGAUGCGGAGGUUUUUUUUAAGGAGAUGAGGGAUUUGCGAGUUGAACCGGAUGUUGUUUCGUAUAAUUGUUUGGUGGAUGUGUAUUGUAAAGGGAGAGAGAUGGAGAAGGCGUUUAGGGUAGUGGAGGAGAUGAGAGAGAAGGAUAUUACGCCUGAUGUGAUAACUUAUACGAGUUUAAUUGGAGGGUUGGGGUUGGUUGGACAACCUGAUAAGGCGAAGCACGUUUUGAAGGAGAUGAGGGAGUAUGGAUGUUAUCCGGAUGUGGCUGCUUAUAAUGCUGCGAUUAGGAACUUCUGCAUUGCAAAGAGGAUUGGGGAUGCGUACGGUUUGAUGGAUGAGAUGGUGAGAAAUGGAUUGAGCCCGAAUGCAACUACUUAUAAUGUGUUCUUAAGGUCAUUUUUUUGGAUAAAUGAUUUGAGAAGUUCGUGGAGUUUGUACCAGAGGAUGAAGGAGACUGGGUGCUUACCGAGUACACAGUCGUGUAUGUUUUUGAUCAGGUUGAUUCAGAGACACGAUAAGGUUGAGAUGGCACUUGAGUUGUGGGACGAUAUGGUGGAGAGAGGAUUUGGCUCAUAUAUUUUGGUCUCGGAUAUUUUGUUUGAUUUGCUUUGCGAUAUGGGAAAGUUGGCCGAAGCAGAAAGAUGUUUCUUGCAAAUGGUGGAUAAAGGGCAAAAACCAAGUAAUGUUUCUUUUAGGAGGAUUAAGGUUCUUAUGGAAUUGGCUAAUAAACAGGAAGCUCUUAAGCAUUUGUCAGAAAAGAUGGCUGCUUUUGGUUCUUCCACACAACUAAUCCAAGAGGAUAAAGCGGAAAAUGAACAAUCAAGUUCCGACUUUGAACCUGCUGAAUGCUGACUAUGAUGCCUGUACCUCACUAUGGUCCAAUGAGUUUUUCGGUCCUCGAGUCAAUGCAUUGGUGUCAUUAUGUAGCGGUGGACUCUUCAACACUGUAGGCCUCUAAUUCAGAACUCGACAAAUGAGAUGACACCAGACGCACCUUAUCUGCUUUUGCGACGGAGGACCAUCCUUGGAAGGAAUGCGCUAGUUUGGAGCCUGCUGCCAUAGUUUUUCCUGAUAACUGAGAAAUCUCGAGAAUUGUGCACGGUUCAAAACUUGGUGGAUGAUGG